AUGUCCUUCAAAGUCGAGAAUCUCUUCUCAGUCAAAGACAAAGUGGUCGUCAUCACUGGUGGUGGCUCUGGGCUGGGAAAGGCCAUAGCUGAGGGCUUUGCCGCCAACGGCGCUCGUAUUUACAUUGUUGGAAGGCGAGAGAACCUCCUUGAGCGUGCAGCUCAAGAAGUUGGUGGCGAUAUACGCACAAUCCCGGGGGAUGUAUCAACGAAGGAGGGCUGUGUGAAGAUUGCAGAGGCUGUCAAGGCCCAGGAGACUCACGUCGAUACUCUCGUCAACUGCGCUGGAAUUAGUAAGUUUUGGCGCACUUAUGCCAAAGACCCAAAUGAUGCCGACCAAGUGGAAAACAUGUUGAUUCAUGGUGUCGAGGAGGAGGACUUUGUAAAUACCAACAAAAUCAACGUCAACGGCAUUUAUUUCAUGACCACCAAUUUCAUUCCCCUCUUACGCAAAGCACAAGAUCCCAACGUUUGCGUUAUAUCGUCCGUCUCUUCUCUGGCCCACCAACGAACCAUGAGCCCAUUGACCUAUGCUAUCUCCAAAGCUGCCAUCAACCAUCUCGCAAAACUCUUGGCGGGCCGUUUACAUCCCAUGAAGAUCCGAGUAAACACGGUCUGUCCAGGUAUAUUCCCGUCUGAGAUGACGGGCGCCGCAACAGGCAAGCACCAAUAUGCGGUUGGGCUUCCUGCCGAGAAAGCAGCGAUGAGAACAACUGCCGGCCGCCCUGGUCGACCAGAAGAGAUCGCUGGACCAGUGAUUUCGUUGUCCUCUCCGGCUGGGGCCUAUAUCAACAAUGCCUUUCUCACGGUGGAUGGGGGCCGGGUCAUGUCCAUGUCCAUCAACGACGACAUCCGAAUGCCCGAGAAAACCUUCACAUUCUAG